AUGGAUUAUGUCAGUCGCAAGGAUGACUGGUCCCAUCAAGAGCUCAGGUCAGCCCUCAAUAGAUCCAGCAGCAUACACAGACCCAGCAGCAAAACCAUUUACCAACAGCGGAAAGAAUACUCUCAGACCAUGGCUUCAGAACCCAUCAUCCUAAAGCAGCGAGUAGAGCACCUGCUGACCUGUAAGCUCGGCUCAGAAACUAUCCAGGAACCUAAGGAUGUAAUCAAGAAGCUUCAGAUGAUGGAUGCCCAAGGUCAAGUGUGGGGCCAGGAUAUGGUCCUGCAGGUCAAAAACCACUGGCUCCAAAUCCUAGAUAUUGAGACUAGGGAAGAGCUGGAUUCCUACCCCUUGGAUGGUAUCCAGUUCCUUGAUGCUGUAUUGAAUAGCUGUUCCUACAAUUCCAUUCUAUUAAUCAUCCUUCAGGAGCUGGGCCAGCCUUUGACCAGUAUCCUGCUAUUCCAGUGCUGGGAAGUUGGGGCUGAGAUCCUGAGGAAUAACCUACAGAAAGCUAUUGAUGAAUCCAAAGGGAGACAAGAAUCAAGAUACAGAUUUGGGGAUAUCCAACCCAGUCAGAAUAGACAGGAGGCAGAUCCCCUGGAGAAGUAUCCCCAGAACUCCACUGAGCAGAGACUCCUCGCCUCAUACCAGCCUAGAACCCAGGAACCACAGGUGUUUGACCAGUUUCCCCUGCAGAAGGCAGUGCCUGAGCGCCCUCCGGACCUGGAGAGAGACACGGAGGAACUGAACAUCACCUUGAGUGAAAUUGAGCAGUUUGUGGAGAUGGCAAGGGGGAUCCAGAAAAAUAAUACCAAGAAGAAGAAGAAGAUUUGGGGGAAGAAGAAGACACCGAAAGAGCUUCCUUCAGAAUCCCAAUACAUAGAGUGCUUCCAGAAAAUCAAACAUGCACUCAACCUCCUGGGGAAGCUGGAACUCUAUCUACAGGAACCAGGAGCCCCUGAAUUUGUACACAUCCUCUUCCAAGCUUUGAGCAUGGUGAUGUCCAACUGCCCCAAUCCUCAUUUGGCAGCUUCGGUAGAGGUUCCCCAGUUAACCCCCAAGACCACUGCCUUACUGGAUUCUUGUCUGACGCUAAAUGAAAUGGAAUUCUGGAAAAGUCUUGGAGAGUUCUGGACUGCCAGCACGGAUUAUGGGGCAGACCAAGAGUCCAUGAAUUCUCCACACACACCCAGAUUCUACGGGCAAUCUGAGUCUUUGGAGUCCUCCACGAUCAAUCACCGGCACAACCCAGCCAAGGACCAGGAUCCCAUCCCCUCCAGUCCCAGCCUAUCCCAGCAGCCUCUACUAAUGGAAGUCCAGUAUGAGUUUGAAAGCAGGAAUCCACAGGAGCUGACAGUGGCCCAGGGUGAGGUGCUGGAGAUUCUGGACCAGAGCAAACAGUGGUGGCUAGUGAAAAAUGAAGCCGGGCAGAGAGGCUAUAUUCCUAACAACAUCCUGGAACCCUUGCAGUCAAACCGACAAAGGAACAGGGGCUGGUCUAGCUCCCCAACUCGGGGUCCCAUGCUGCGGCCCACCUCCAAGCCGCAGGAGGUGAGGGAUUGGCUGGAGUCAGAGAACUUCUCCACCAUCACCGUUAAGAGCUUAGGAAUGCUAACCGGAAGCCAGCUGCUGCACAUGCAACCCCGGGAGCUGCAGCUGGUGUGUCCAAAGGAAGCCCCCCGAAUCCUGGACCGGCUAGAGGCAGUGAAGAUGAUGCUAGGGCCUGGGAAGAGAAAACCACAUGUCAGCCACUGCCCUGGCUUGACCCAGCUGGCCGCUGUUAAACAGCCCUCACCUGCUUUCACAUCCUCCCUGCUGUUACCACCAGAGGAUGGAGAUCUGGCUACCACCGCUUAG